GUUUGUCUUCCAGCAGGCUCUGUUUGUACACAGAGAGAUAGCCCAGUGCACAGGGUGUCUUUUAAACAAUGGCUUGGGGAUUAGGGCUGUAUGCUUUCUUCCUGUGGACUAGCACCUUUAAAGCUGCAUGCACUGAAGCUACAAACAAUGAAGUGAAUCUCUUAGAUACAUCGUCGAUCCAGGGGGAGUGGGGCUGGCUGUCAUAUCCUGCACAUGGGUGGGAUGCAAUUAAUGAAAUGGACGAGUACUUCAGCCCCAUCCACACUUACCAAGUGUGCAACGUCAUGACUCCCAACCAGAACAACUGGCUCCGAACCAACUGGAUCCAGCGAGAUGGAGCCCGACGCAUUUACAUUGAGAUCAGAUUCACCCUGCGAGACUGCAAUAGCAUGCCAGGAGUCCUGGGCACCUGCAAGGAGACUUUCAACCUCUACUAUUAUGAAACUGACCGGGACAUCGGCACCAACAUUUGGGACAAUCAGUUCAUUAAAAUAGACACUAUUGCGGCAGAUGAAAGCUUCACUAGCGUGGAUCUGGGGGUGCGGCGGUUGAGGUUAAACACAGAAGUCCGGGGCGUGGGUCCGUUGGGCAAGCGGGGUUUUUACUUAGCAUUCCAGGAUAUCGGGGCCUGCAUUGCCAUCGUGUCGGUGAGGGUUUAUUACAAGAGGUGCUCGGCCAUGGUGCGGAACCUGGCCAUGUUCACCGACGUGGUGACGGGAGCCGACUCCUCCUCCUUGGUGGAGGUGAGGGGGCAGUGUGUGGAUCAUGCUGAGGAGAGAGACACUCCCAAGAUGUACUGCAGCGCCGAGGGGGAGUGGCUGGUCCCGAUCGGGAGGUGCAGCUGCAGUGCAGGCUUUGAGGAGCACAGAGAUUCCUGCGUGGCAUGUGAGCCUGGCUUUUACAAGCCCUCUGCCAGAGACCAGCUCUGUGGUAAAUGUCCCCUUCACAGCCACUCUGAAAUGAGGGCAGCGUUUUUUUGUCAGUGUGACACCAACUACUACCGUGCAGCACCAGACCCACCGGCCGCACCGUGCACCAGACCUCCUUCGGCACCACUCAAUGUGAUUUCUGCAGUAAACGGAACGUCAGUCAGCUUGGAGUGGAGCAAGCCUUUGGACACGGGUGGGCGCACUGAUAUCCACUACAAUGUGAUCUGCCAGAAGUGCGCUUGGGAUUCGGGGCAGUGCGAGGCCUGUGGCAGCAGCGGCAGGCCGGGGGGCGGCCAGGCUGUCCGCUUUGUUCCCCAGGCAAUGGGCCUGAGCCAGCCCUGGGUGACGGUGCUGAACUUGGUAGCGCAUAUGAACUACACCUUCCGCAUUGAGGCAGUGAAUGCAGUGUCUCACCUCAGCCUACAGCCACGGCAGUCCACUGCCGUAAACGUCACCACAAACCAGGCAGCUCCCUCCCAGGUUAUUGUGAUACGGCAGGAGAACACAAGCCAGAAUAGCGUCACCUUACUGUGGCACGAACCAGACCAGCCUAACGGAGUUAUCCUGGAGUAUGAGGUCAAAUAUUUUGAAAAGGAUAAAGAACAACAGAGCUAUUCCACAUUGAAGUCAAAAAGCAGAAGUGCGCGGGUGUCAGGCCUGAAGCCUGGGACUCACUAUGUCUUCCAGGUCCGAGCACGCACGUCCGCUGGCUGCGGCCGGUUCAGCCAGACCAUGGAGGUGGAGACUGGGAAAGCAGUUCCUCUUAGAUAUGACACCAUGACGAUUAUCUGGAUUUGCCUGACACUGGUUACAGGGCUGGUGAUGUUUCUAGCGAUUGUUAUCUGCCGGAAAAGUCACUGUGGAUACAGCAAAGCUUUCCAGGACCCUGAAGAGGAGAAGAUGCAGUGUCAGAAUGGACACAUUACGUUUCCAGAAUCCAGGUUCUAUAUUGACCCCCAUACAUAUGAGGACCCUUGUCAAGCUAUUCGUCAGUUUGCCCGAGAAAUAGAGGCAUCAAGGAUAAAAAUUGAAAAAAUCAUCGGUUCAGGAGAGUUUGGAGAGGUUUGCUACGGCCGGAUGAAGCUGCCAGGAAAGCGUGAGAUUCCAGUGGCCCUAAAGACCCUCAAAUCUGGUUACACUGAAAAACAGAGACGCGACUUCCUUAGCGAGGCAAGCAUCAUGGCACAAUUCGACCAUCCAAACAUCAUUCGACUGGAAGGAGUUGUCACGAGAAGUAAACCAGUGAUGAUCAUAACAGAGUACAUGGAAAACGGUUCCUUGGAUUCGUUCCUCCGGAGACAUGAUGGCCAGUUCACUAUCAUCCAGCUAGUUGGGCUCCUUCGGGGGAUCGCUGCAGGCAUGAACUAUCUCUCAGACCUGGGGUACAUUCACCGGGACCUGGCUGCACGGAACAUCCUGGUCAACAGCAACCUGGUCUGUAAAGUCUCUGAUUUUGGCCUGUCUCGAGUCUUAGAAGACGAUCCUGAUGCUGCAUACACCACCAGUGGUGGAAAGAUCCCAAUCCGCUGGACAGCACCGGAGGCCAUCGCUUACCGCAAAUUCUCCUCAGCCAGUGACGUGUGGAGCUAUGGGGUGGUCAUGUGGGAGGUGACAUCCUAUGGCGAGCGACCAUACUGGAAUCUAACAAAUCGAGAUGUAAUAAAGUCCGUCGAUGAAGGGUAUCGACUGCCUGCCCCAAUGGGCUGUCCAAUAGCCCUACAUCAGCUCAUGCUGGACUGCUGGCAGAAAGACCGGAAUGAAAGGCCAAAGUUCUGCCAGAUCGUCACCAUGCUGGACAAACUGAUCCGGAACCCAGAGAACCUUAAAAUCCUGGAUUCCUUGUGCAGGCUGACCAAUCCUUUAAUGAUCAAAAGCAUCCCAGAUUUCACCCACUGCAGCACAGUAGAUGAGUGGCUAGACGUCAUUAAAAUGGGCCGCUACAGAGAGAGCUUUGCUGCCGCUGGGUAUCUAUCGCUGGGUCAUGUAAUGAGGAUGAAUCUGCAGGAUAUACAGAGGCUUGGAAUCACACUAAUGGGCCAUCAGAAGAAGAUCAUGACCAGCGUGCAGUUACUGAGGGUGCAGCUGCUGAACAUGAACAGGCCUCCAGUGCAGCUAUAAUCAAAGGCAAGGCUCUGGUAACUUUAAACUAAAUCCUUCAGGAAAGCAGCUCGGAAAUAUUGCUGGCCACAUGAGGAACAGGACGUUUGAAUGAAUGGAGUUUUAAUAACAACACACUGGAAGCUCCAUGGUUUUUAAAACAUAUUUAGUACCGUGUUUUGUAAAUAUACUAAAAACUGCCUUAACUAUCUCCUGAGAUAUUGGGGGAAAAAAAUAAGAAUGAAAUUAAACUAAAUUAAACAGGUGCCUGUUGAAAUACUCACCAGCAAAUUAUCUGUGUUGGGAGAUGACAAGAAUUCCUUGGAAAGACAAUAAAAGACAAACAAAUAAUGAACGCCCAUUUCACUCUGUUGCUGUAUCAUAUGGCGACGUUGUCACGCACAGCGGUGGUUUAGGUUUAAAUCGUUCUUCUACUCUGUGACUAUUUUUACAUUGUGCCUCCACAACAUAAGGGAGCAAUACUAUGAGUGAAGACGACAAGUGAGUCACUGGCCUUGCACUCAUGGAUUCAUGUGUGGGUUCUGCUUCUAACCUGGGCUGUUUGAUAUCUUGUUCAAAGUUAAUUAGUGCACAAAUACUCUUCGAAAAACUGUUUUGACUUCCUCAAGAAAGUAAUUAACAAUCUGUGUUGUAUUACUUCUGUGACAUGUCACAUUUUAGCCUUUAGCCUUUCUUGUGAUAUCAAUAAAAAUGUUGUUCUGUGUGAGGUAUUUUAUCUUGGUCAUCUUCUAAGUGGUUACUGGGACACUGAUACAGACUCUGUGACGGAACCAGAGGGUCAACAAUAUCAACAUUUAAGUAGAUUUGAAAAAAAGGAAAUGCAUUAUAAAUCACGCAUUAUAAAUUUAUACAACACAUGCAAUGUACGAAGAAGUAUUUUAAACCUACAUCAAACAGCUGCAUUGGAGAAUUACUUUUCUUAAAUCAAGCAAAGCAAUGCGGUGUUAUUUUGAAACAACAGUAUGAUUUGCCCAGUCAUGCUAUUGUAGGAUUUGAAUGAAUGCAAGUUAGAUUCCACAAUGAGAUCCGGUAAAAACAAAUAUAUAUGGCACAUGUAGGUACAACUGCACAGGUCAACAGGCUGCUUGUGUGUGCUGAUGCUUGUUUGGUUUCUGAAUUCCGCUGCCCUUUAACCUCCCAGAGUCUGGUUAGCUGAUCUUGUAAUAUUGUUGUGUUUGUGAUGUUCCGAGUCCAUCUUAGUUUUGGUGAUGACAGACAUCACAUGACGUGUCUCCCACAGAACCAGUGUUAAGUCUAUUUUUAAGUACAGUGGUACGGUACAAGAGCUGUAGUCAAUCUAAUGAUUAUUAUCUAUGAAGGCCAUAUUGCCAACUUUGACCUCAUUGACUUGAUUCAAAUUAGGAAUGGUGCCAGUAAAGUCCUUGUUGAGGACCUUGAUAUUUUAACGUGGUCUCUACCAGAUAACACUGUUUGGGUUUCAAGGAUCAGAAUUAUAUUUCAUUUUUUUUUAUAAAAAGCACAAUUUUAAAAUAUAAAGAUGCACUACAGUAUCUGCACCGACAAGAAGCGCUGCUAGCCUUUCUCAACGCAAGACAAUAGCAAAAUCAGAUCACUUGCAAUGGGAGACAUUUUUAUAUUUGAUUUCAGCAGUUUGGAAAUGGGAAAACAACACACCUCCUGCCUCCCUUUUCCUGCUUGUUUAUACAGCAGUGUACAGGUAUUUCAAAGAUUGAUUGUGACCCCAAAUGUUAAAGACCAACACAUCAUAACCUGCACACAGUUAAGCUGACAGUACAGGUAGGCUUGCAUCUCUACUGGGAUGCAUCCCUACCACAGUGUGCUGCAGACUGGCAUGCGUCUCUACCACAGUGUGCUGCAGACUGGCAUGCGUCUCUACCACAGUGUGCUGCAGACUGGCAUGCGUCUCUACCACAGUGUGCUGCAGACUGGGAUGCAUCCCUACCACAGUGUGCUGCAGACUGGGAUGCUUCAAACUUCACUGUACAGCAGCUCUUGUAUUUCACACCUACUGCAUGUUCAGUGGGUUUAACUACCUUUAUAUACAAUGCCAAAGCACAAAAACAGAACACCUAUAGAUUGCAGAUCCUGAUAAUAUGAACAAGUCUGUUUGAAAUAAACAUUGCAAUGAUUUUCAACAGCACAGUAUACAUUGUUCCAUCCUCUAUGUACUUACCUCCAACAAACUCUGAACAACACCAACCCACUAUGAAUUAAAAUGCUAAAUAUACAUGUGAGUUAAAAAAAAAUCACUAUUCAACCCUCAAGUUGUGUAAAAGCACACAAUACUUCACCAAGAAUCCAUACCAGAUUGAGUUUCUACCAAGCUCUAGUCUUAAUAUCUGAUGUCACCUGCUGAAAAAGUCACACAUGAACCACCUCUCAGAAAUUCCAUUCAACUGCAAAGUCAAUUCAGCCACUUGGCCACUCUACAGCAAAUCUGUUUCUUCUUUUCAGUAAAAAUAACAAUAGACUAAAUAAAGGCUGGUCAUAAAUAGAAAACCAAUACAGCUGAAGUUAACUUGUAUAUAAAAAAUAAGGCAGAAUAAAAUUGGUUAACAGAAUACGUCAGUCUGUGUAUGUGUUUGUACACUCGUAGCGAGUAAACAGACCUUGGUUUUCAGCCUCAGUUCAUUCACUUCCACCCUCAUACACAGAUUUGCCCUGUAUCUCAGGAUAACUAUGAAUAUUGGCCUUGGUGUAGUUUAAAUAUGGAAACCCAUUAUUCAGCAGGCACUAAUACCAUGGUCCUUGAAGUAGUACAGCAACAUUUUUCAAUAGAAGAUACCCAGGAGAGCAGUUUGCUAUGGGUUCAGGUAGUUAGUUCCAUAUCUGCUACUGACCCAUUUGGUGCUUCUUCAAUAAAUGUGCACAUGUUUCCUUCAUCAGAGCUAUUUUCACCAUAAGGGCUUCAGAAGAAAAUGUAUUUGUCUUACACCUUGAAGUACACAAAAUACAGGGGAAAGACUGAAUGUCUUGAACAAAAUUACUAGGCUGAGAUUCCAUUACUGGUGGAAAAAUAUACAAUUCAAUUCUGAAGUAAUAUAGAUUGCACAAGUAAUUUUAAACAAACGUCUUCUAGCUCUUUCAGAAAAAUAGAAAUGAAUUAGCAACAUGUGUAGAUAUGUUGCUAAUUCAUUAUAGACGUUCUUGUACUGUAUAGACGUUAUUGUAAUGUGAAUGUUGUAAAAGUGUGUUUGUUUAAAACAUACACCUAUUGUUUACCUGCAUACUUUCUCAUUUAUAUUCAUUUUCAAAAAUAACGUUUGAAGGAAUGCUGCUCAAUUUCAAACAUCAAGUUUCUUCCACAGGUAGGUGUGUUGCAAAGGUUUAAUGGAGAAAAGCUGGAAUAAAGGAGUACACCCAGAUCACCGGGGAUGGUUUGAUACAAUUAUACUGUAAAAAUGGCUUAGGUGUCACACCUUCUAAAAAAUAUGAAAAAUGCUUUCACUCAUUUUAUAUAUAUAAAUAAAAUGUUGUACAUGAGCUAUUGUAUUGAAGGUAACCUGUAACUGUUUGCACAAUUUUAAAGUAUGCCAUGUAAGGGAAGAUGCUUUUACUUUGUAGUGUAUCUUUGUAUUUAUACCUAGCAAUAUGUUAUUUGUAUAUCUGUAUUUAACGAAUGUGUAUAAAAGCAGAAUUAAUGUGAAUGUUUUCAUGUGUAACAGAUAUAGCUGUUCCUCCUAUUGACUGACAUGCUUUCAACCAGUAACAUGCUUUGAUACAGAAGACAUUGCCAAGGAAGUAAAGCAGUAUUAGACUUCCUGAAAGACAAUGCAAGCUGCCUGCUUUUUGUACGCUGCUGUAGUAUCAGAUGUCUGUUUGAAAAUGAAGAUCCACAUUUGCAAUGGCAUGCGUCUCUUUACAAGCUGCACAUUUAAAUCUAUGCAGCUGGAAGAUGUAUAUCAUUAUUGUGUUAGCUGCAAUUACCUUUACUAAUGGCUACCUCUGAUGUUGUGUAGUUCAGUCAGAAAAUGGAAUCUGUAUCAAGUCAUUUGAAACUGGCUCUGAAACAAGCGCUAGGGGGUUUUAGUAGGUUUGUAAAUACAUUAUUUUCUACAAUUCAGUAUUCUACAGUGUAUAGUAUUUUACAAAUGUAUGUACAUACAGUGAUUUAAUGUUCAAAAACCCUAUACAAUAUACAAAUGUAUUAUAUAUUUUAAGUCAAAGUUAUGGUGAACUGUUCAUAUAAAAUAACCAAUGGAAAAUGAUGAUGAGCCUCUACUGAAAAAAAUAAA